AACUCUUCCCGCCGAGCGGACGCGCCCGGCGCUCUGAAAUCGCUCGCGGAAAACAAAAGGCCAUCGACGGCCGCCGCGGUACGCGAAGCCUAGCAGCCGGCUGGCGACAUAUUGAUUCGACCCGGUGCGAGUUCGCCGCCUAGUGUGAACAUACCGUGAAUCCCGUCGAACCGCAGGGAUAAUUCGGUUCGCGGGUCUCGCCGGCGUCCCGAGUACUCGCGAGCUAACGAUCCUCCGAGCCGACACAGUCGAUCGGCUAACCUGGUGCAACGGGCGCCGCGGAGCGAGAGUGCGCCAGUCGAUCGGCCAUUACGAGCGUAGGGCGUGCGGUAGUUGCGACGCAGUUGGAUUGUUCUUGGUGUCUCGAAUCCCUAGACCCUUCGAAGGCCUGAAGCUUGUCGAGAGGUGAAUAAAGCCUCGCCAUGGGUAAGGAGAAGAUUCACAUAAACAUCGUGGUGAUCGGGCACGUGGACUCCGGCAAGUCCACCACGACCGGUCACCUGAUCUACAAAUGCGGCGGCAUCGACAAGCGUACCAUCGAGAAGUUCGAGAAGGAGGCGCAGGAGAUGGGCAAGGGUUCCUUCAAAUACGCCUGGGUGCUGGACAAGCUGAAGGCGGAGCGCGAGCGCGGCAUCACGAUCGACAUCGCCCUCUGGAAGUUCGAGACAGCGAAGUACUACGUGACGAUCAUCGACGCGCCGGGGCAUCGCGAUUUCAUCAAGAACAUGAUCACCGGGACAAGUCAGGCCGACUGCGCCGUGCUGAUCGUGGCGGCCGGUAUCGGCGAGUUCGAGGCGGGGAUCUCGAAGAACGGCCAGACUCGCGAGCACGCUUUGCUCGCGUUCACUUUGGGCGUGAAGCAGCUGAUCGUCGGCGUGAACAAGAUGGACAUGACCGAGCCGCCGUACUCCGAGAGCCGUUUCGAGGAGAUCAAGAAGGAGGUGUCCUCCUACAUUAAGAAGAUCGGCUACAACACCGCGUCGGUCGCGUUCGUGCCGAUCUCCGGCUGGCACGGCGACAACAUGCUGGAACCCUCGCCGAAGACGCCGUGGUACAAGGGGUGGAAGGUGGAGCGCAAAGACGGCAACGCCGACGGGAAGACGCUGAUAGAGGCGCUCGACGCCAUUCUGCCGCCGUCCAGACCGACCGACAAGGCUCUGCGUCUGCCUCUUCAGGAUGUGUACAAGAUCGGCGGUAUCGGCACUGUGCCGGUCGGUCGUGUCGAGACUGGCAUUCUGAAGCCUGGUAUGCUGGUGACAUUCGCUCCGACAGCUCUGACGACCGAAGUGAAAUCCGUCGAGAUGCACCACGAGGCUCUGACGGAGGCGAUGCCCGGCGACAACGUCGGCUUCAACGUGAAGAACAUCUCCGUGAAGGAGCUGAGACGCGGUUACGUCGCCGGGGACUCGAAGAAUCAGCCCCCGCGAGGGGCGUCCGAUUUCACCGCGCAAGUGAUCGUGUUGAACCAUCCCGGACAGAUCAGCAACGGCUACACGCCCGUGCUCGACUGCCACACCGCCCAUAUCGCCUGCAAGUUCGCGAAGAUCAAGGAGAAAUGCGACCGCCGUACGGGCAAGACUACCGAAGAGGAUCCGAAGAGCAUCAAGUGCGGCGACGCGGCGAUCGUGAUGCUGGAGCCGACCAAACCGAUGUGCGUCGAGGCGUUCCAGGAGUUCCCGCCGCUGGGACGCUUCGCUGUGCGCGACAUGCGUCAGACCGUCGCCGUUGGCGUCAUCAAAAGUGUCACCUUCAAGGAUACCCAGGGCAAGGUCACAAAGGCCGCGGAGAAAGCCCAGAAGAAAAAGUAACCAUCAAGCUUCCUCGGAAGCUCGCACUCCGCUGGCUGUCGUCCGCCGUGCGUCCCCGCGAGGGGUUACUCCGCAAGGGCGCAGUACGCCGCGGUUGCUCCAUUCAACUCAUAUUCAACUAAUAAUACCAAAAGUGAAAAAAUGUUGUGCUUACCCCCGUUACAUUAUCCGGUAGUGUUGAAUCCGCGCAUCUAUCCGAAUCUGCACAUUCAGUUCACCCAUGCCCCGCGCACACCCCACAUAUGCUAGGUGAAAUUCUUACGUUUUUACUCAUUCUUACAUUGACGAUGAUAUGUGUCCAGUUACAGGUAAUACUCAGUUCCCUUGGACUCUGUGUAGUUAGGUUUUUCAAUUACAUACACACACAGACACACACAUGUAUACACGCAAACCAAAAAACAAA